AUGUACCUUCCCCCACGCAAUGUUAUAAAAGUUCCAUCACAUGUUUACCAUUCGGCUCUUUUGCCGAAAAAGGAGAGAGAUAAUGAAUCACCCCUCUACAACUUCAACUUGGCGACGUCGUCUUCAUCGACAUCAUCGUCGUUCGUCGGCAGCGAGUUCCGCUUCUUCUCGCCAAGUUCUCCGGGUAUUCCACUCAUUCCGGAAGACAAACCAUCCUACUACGAGUCUAUUUUUCUACCAGUCUCAAGUUCAUGGACAUAUCCUCCCUCAACAACACCAUCACCGCCAAUGAUUGUUGAAGAGGGCGUGGCCAAGAACGGGCGGCCGGUAACACCACGGAGCAUUGCCAACUCGCUGGAUUCGCUGUCAGAGUGUGCACAGCAUCAUAGCGACGUUGUGAACGCCAAUUCCAACAGUGCUAACGGGGAUCGCAGUAGAAGUUUAGGUGAUCUCCUCUCGGCGACCAAUCAAGACGGCACCGAUGCGAUGCGGAAUGGAAGCUACGACACUUUGGUCUCAAAAGGCGGAGGACUAACUGACAGUGGAAUUGGUGCCGGCCUGAUGAUGGGCAUGCGCGACGAAAUGGAAAUGGAGGACAACGACGUCUCGUUGUCGUCGCCGGACCGCAUUCCGACUGACAUCUCAUCACCCGACUCAUUCUCCUAUCCUGCUGUCUCGUUCGCUUCGUAUGAUCCUGUGGUGGCCGGAAGUGUCUAUUCGAAUGAGAACACAAACCCAUUGGAUUCUUCCUCUCCCAGUCGCGGUCACUCUUCAGACGAUCGGAAGUACACAGAACUGCCAGCAAUCAGUGAGGAAUCGGAACACGAGCAAUCCAUUCAUAUUCCGUACAACUAUCCCGUACAAACACCACCACCACACGCCUCCUCAGUCGGACCAUUGCCAUCGGCAGUGGAUCGUCAUCGAGAGGUUGUGGAGCACACAUAUCCGAUGGUUCACUGCAAAAGUGCCCCAUCGACGAAUGCGUUCAACAACAUUGAGCAUCGGAGAGUGGUUAGUGAUGAUGUGACGGAGAUUACACGAUUGAAACGCAGUGAGGAAAUGGAGAAUAUCGAUAAGACGGGAAGAAUUUCGGUGGGUAGAAGUUUUAAGGGUUUUAGAAGAAAAAUGUAUAAUUUGCAGUUCGAAAAACGCUCCUCCUCGACACACAACUUGAAGAAACCGCGGUCCAAAAGCGCGAUGAUUGUGUUCCAAGGCGAUCCAGAAGAGAAUUCAAAAGACGAGGAGGACGUAGAUGGAUACUCCAAAGACAAUGAUAUGCUGAUUCUGGAUAGGAGUGGUGUGGAUCGAUCGGCAAAGAAUCCACUCCGGCAUUAUGAUAAUCACUCCAACUUGCCCUCAAUCUCUACCGAACCGCCACCAGUCCGGAUACAUCGAAAAGUGUCUGCAGCGUCUUCGUCGUCUAGAGUCUCGCCAUAUAAAGCCAGUGAUCAGUCGUGGAAGGAUAAGAUGCCACCAUUUGGAAUGGUUGGUCAUACGAUGUAUUCCCCACAAUCCCUCCCAACCAGAGACGCCAUUCCACGCUCACCAUUCGACGGAUCCGGAACUGUUAGUGCCGGAGGAUCUCAGAGACUGAUUUCGUUGGAAGUGACAACUCCCGACGGAAGAGGCGACACGGAAUCAACUGAUAAUUACUCCACACCACUACGUACUCGUACCUUUCACCAUCAUCACCACUAUCACAGUAUCCCAUCACCACCGGCACUUCUUGCCACAAAUGAAGUUAGCGAGGUGUUGAUGCCACUAUCUGAGAUUUGUAAUCAGAAUCGUUUCUCCACCAUUUCCUCGUCGACCAACACUGAUUCGUCGCCGCCAAAAUCCGCAACGCCGAACAGCUCGUUUGUUCGGAGGAGUCUUCGAAAGAUAAUGAAACGGAGUUCAGUGUCGGCGUCGACGCUAAAUGUUGGAGUGGUGGAUGAUGGUGGAGGAUUGAGGAAUGGGUCGUUGAAACGGAGAGCUUCGAAUGUGUCAACUGGAUUUUUUGCAUCCGCUCAAGCUCACUUGAAACCGAGGCCCAAGAGUUUGAAGAAGCAAAGUUGGAUGUGCACGUCUAUGUUGCUUGGUGGUAUGGUCACAACUUCUUCUCCGUCGUCUUCUGGCGGAGAAGAGAGUGACGCAUACUUUCCAUCGGCUUCCUUGUCCUCGUUGUCACAGUCUUCGUCAAUCGCCAAGAGCAACAAGAAAGAGAAGACUGGCUCGGAUACGUUCACAUUUGGAAAUUUGUUCCGGAAGAAGGUAAGCCCCUGUCCAUUCACAGUACCGGUCAAUAAGAUGUACAAAAACAUGAUUUUCAGUCGAUUUUCGGCCAUUUUUAGGAGUCUAGAGCUCGCUGAAAAACUAGAAACUUUCAAAAAAUUCUAUGAAAGCAAACCAACUGCCAGUCGUCCAAAUCUAGCUGACAUCAUAUCGGAUCUCGAUCAGAGAUCCACAAGGGGUGGCGGAUCGCUUUCGGUUGGAGCCACAAAUCGACGCAGUACAUCUGCUACAAUUCUUCCGAUGAGUGGAGGAGGUGGACCCAACGACCCGACGACUCCAUUCGACUCUUCGUCUUUGGACGGCAACAUGAGCUCGUUAUCAGCAGCGGCUCUAGUUGCUCGUCGAGCCCGUAGAAAGUUCUCAACAGCGGACGUUGGUGGAGAGAUGGAGAGCAGUAGCAGUGGAAACAACAGUAGUCCCUUCUCGACAGUCUAUCAAAACAUAUUCGCACAGCAUCUGACUAUUUGUACGACGAGAGAUCGGCGAGCUACAGCUGUGAAACAUGUGUAUAGUAUACCAUGA